GCGCGGGACACCGUACGCCUGGCCGCUACCACCCCGCCGCCUGCGUAGGAGCGGGGGGGGGACUGGGGCGCCUUCCCCCCCCGCCUCCCCCACUGGUAGCGACCCGGUGGCCGUCACGGCAGCGCGGAGGAGCCGUUACGUGCAGAAAUGAUCAUCCCAGUCAGAUGUUUCACGUGCGGCAAAAUAGUUGGGAACAAGUGGGAAGCCUACCUGGGCCUUCUGCAAGCAGAAUACACAGAAGGAGAUGCCCUGGAUGCCCUUGGUUUGAAGAGAUACUGCUGCCGCAGAAUGCUUCUAGCCCAUGUGGAUCUGAUUGAGAAGCUUUUGAAUUAUGCACCCCUGGAGAAAUAAGAUUUAAAAAGUACCAUGCUGCAAGCCAUGUGGAACGUAUCUCUAAUUCUACUUGAAACUGGUCUUCAGGCAGUAAAGGAUGAAAGCCACCUGUAGUGCAACCGCUGAGAGAUGUUUGCCUUCUGGAGAAAAUACUGCUCCCAGCCACUAACCUCUUUCAAGGAAACAAAGGAAGGAUGAAGUCUGCUUAACCAAGAUUUGAAGAUUAAAUUAAAAGUUUGGAUGCUUCUUUUUAAAUUUGUUUGGAGCUUUGUGAACUUUUAGAUGCUUCUGCCAGCAAAAAUAAAUGCUUUUCAUGUAGAAAAUUUAUUAUAUUCCAUAAAAAUGUUGAAAUAAAGGAGGUCUUUCCCUGUA